CGUCGUUUGGAGCUCCUUGUGUGUGGACCUCGGAGGAGUGUGGUGGUGUUUGUUCGUUCCAAGCUCUUGACGGAGGAGAAACUACGAAAAAGCGAAAACGAGGACUGCGACCCGUCGACCACGAUGCCGCCGCGUUCCUGGGAGCCUGGUUGUGCCGUUGAACGCUGUUGCUCUCUGUUUCUGUCGCGUCUGAGCCUCGGUUGCUGCUGCUGACCGCGCCGUAGUCGUCGUCGUCGUCGUCAACGUCGUCGUCGUGGGGCUCUGUUGUUGCGGGCAGUGCGAUGCAGCUGAUCCAGGGUGCCUGGCCGCCCCAGCGUCUCGGCGACGUCCUCUUCGACAGAGGACCGGGCGGGGCGGCCCCGGCGGGCGCCGCGGUGGCGGGCGGCGGCGGCAUGAAGUCUAGCCUGGUCUUCCGGGACCAGGUGGCGGCCAUGGGCUCGUGGUUCGAGCUGUGGAACCCGUGCGAGCAGACGGUGGGCCUGUACUCGCUGCUGCGGCGGCUGGGCCCGACCCAGGCGCGCUUCCUGGCGCUGGUGCUCGACCGGUCGCUGGCCGACUGCGCCGAGCUGCGCCAGCGCGAGCGGCACGCGAACGACCCGGCCUACAUCGAACGGCUCGCGCGGGAGCCGCGCGACCAGGCGCUGGGCCAACUGCUCGGCCUGCUGCCCCUGCUCGCGCCGGGAAACCAGGCGGCCAAGGCGGCCUACCUCAGCCUCAUACCGCAGGUGCUGGCGCACGCCUUGGAUUGCCGACCACUGGUGGAGGGAGCCCGCCAGCUGCUCUCCUACUCGCUCAUCCACCCGGCCAUCAACUCUCGGGACGACCGCCGCCUUCUCACGCUCUGGCUCAGGCACCUCGAGGAGCGCAUCUCCUCUUCCAGGUACCAAGAACACGGAGGCGGCGGUGCGGAGUCCCUGAACGGCACAGGUGGCCUGGAUGAUGGAGGGGGCGGCCUGGCCACUGGGCGGCCUCCGACUGGCGGUCUCGACUCGUGGGCGGCUGUCGACGGCCUCGGCUCUCUCAAUGGCCACAACCACCAUCACCACCAUCACCACCACUAUGGGGGCGGCGACCUGAAUGGAUUCGGGCUGGCACCGUUGGGCACUGCAGGCGGCUCCUUGCCUCCUGGUCUUGACUCCAGCCACAUGGCACUGCACCCGAGCAACCUGUCCACUUACGCGCCUGCUGGCCAGUCGCUCUCCCAGCCAAUGCUCAAGCGCAGCAGCAGCCUGACACCACCAUGCUCCACCACGUCCCUGCACCAGCAGCUGCCACAGGCACAGCAGGGCUUCGGGCCAGGGCGACUGCUUGGAUCUCACCCCACCUCGGUGGACUGGCGCUGUGGCCCGCCCCCCGGCCCUCCACACGAAGCAGAAACCAUCGGCCCACCUCUGUCCCCCCAGAGCAGUGGGGCAUCCUCAGGUUCGGAGGGUCACGGAACUGAGGACCUGGGCCAGCCGGGUUUCAAUCUCGAUGGCUCUGGCAUGAAGGGCAAGUGCCUUUGCGAUGUGCCCAGCUGGCUCAAGAGCCUCCGAUUGCACAAGUAUGCCUACCUGUUCGCCAGCAUGAGCUACGAGGAGAUGAUGAACCUCACGGAGGAGAAACUGGAGGCCCAGAGUGUGACUAAAGGAGCACGUCACAAGAUUGUGCUUAGCAUUCGGAAGCUGAAAGAGCGCCCGGCCACGUUGCGUCAGCUGGAGAAGAGCCUCCAAGAAGAAGGCGACAUCCGCACAGCCCUGGCCGAGCUCCGUGCCAUGCUCCAGACCCCCAUGAAGGCCUCGAGUCGCGCGGAGGACGGUCAAGAUGGUGGCGGGCCACUCCACCGGGCGGCCUCGCCCGGCUCAUCAACUUCCACCGUGACGCGUCUUUCUGGCAACAGCGACGACAUUGGUGGUGGAGGUGCUGUGUCCCUGUCCUCUGCGGCGGAGGAAGAAGGAACGAGGUCGAAGGAAGAAGACAGCCCUCCAUCUUCGCUGGACUCGGCCUGCGGUGGGCCGAGUCCAGCGCACAGUCCUAACAAAGGCGGCGCUGCUGCUAUGGCGACAGACAUUUCCGGAGAGGAGGAUGAAGACUUGCCGGGUCUUUUCACUAGGGUGGUAGGAAAAGUGUGCAGCAGUCUGCUGGUGAGCGUGCGCGCAGAGGACCAGAGUGUCAGUCAGUUUGUGACCCUGGUGGACAAGUGCCUGGCGCACGAGGCGUUCAGCCCCGCCCAAAAGCGGCGCCUCUUCUCCUGGCGGCAGCAGGUGCACAAGGCCUGGCACCCCGUGCCACCUCGGCGGUCGAUCGACACCCGCCACCACCAUGUCUCCACGGCGACGGCCGCCACCCAGGGUCCUCGGUUGCCCCCGGCUGGUCGCUGGUGUGCUGUGGGCUCCUCAGUGCUUCCCCCCCUGGCGGGGGGUUCAGACUUUGGCCGGCUGGCCGGCCCCAGUGGACCCCCAGUGGCCCCUCCGCUUGGGCGACCUCCCGCUGUGUUUUUUGGUGGCGGGGCCUCUGUCGACUGCCCCGGUGGCAGCAACGGCGGUGGACCCCUGGGGGGACCCCUCGCUAUGGUCAUCAAGAGGCCCAGCCUGCAGGAGCACCUGAACAAGCCACACGUGCAGAUCCAGAGGACUCACUCUGCUCCCGUGCGACCAAAUCCAGUGGUCGCUUCGCUGUACAAGCAGGCUGCAACUAACAAUGGGCGUAUGCAAGCUGACACAUCGGCAAACGACCCGGAGCUCAACAACAGGCUGGAGUCCCUCUGUCUCAGUGUCACCGAGCACGCCCUUGGAGGUUCCGAUGGCAUGCCUCCAUUUUAGGCACCACUGUUUGCGACCUGUGCUGGAAACAUGGCGGGAACGAUUGUCUGUCAUCGUGCCAAUCCGUGGCCUCAUCAAGCUUGUCGCUCCCCCACCUUAUUUUGUUUCUUGUUAGCGCACGACCUUCUGUGAAGACCGUCUUCAUAUUUCUCUUCCUCCACAUCGCCUCUGGUCGCAGCCAAAGUUCUUUGUUGACGUUGCCGGCACUACAGACUUUCUGUUGGUGCCACUGUUGGUUGUUUGCUUUUUUUUUUUUCCUUCAAUCAUCACCUGCCUCUUGCUCCCUAGUGUUUACAACGCUGUUCUUAUGAGACAGUAACUUUUAUCAUGAGACAACUGCAUGUGCGAGUGUGUGUGUUUGUGGGCAUGUCAUUUUCCUCCCUGCCAUCAUUUUCUUCAUUGUUGCCCCUUGCUCAGUUGAUCUUUAGUUUGUUGACGGCAUCUAGCUGCUAUCUUUUAUUUCUUUGUUUUUUUACCAUUGCCUCCGGCUGUUGUAUCGUGGGUCCACACGACAGAACGAAUGCGCGUUUUUCAUGCCGGACAGCACAUCAUGUGACUGCACUUCACGGAUUGCCAUUGGUUAUCGUUGGGUAGUAGUGCACACAGACGUGAAAUGCCGAGCCAUUACUCGCAUCCGGAUUCUGCCAGUUGAACGAUGCGGAUUUUACCUAAAAUGCUUUCCUACCAACAAGCAGUGUCCUUUCACCAAGACAGUUUUUGAGAGAAAAAGGUACCUGUCAUCCAAUUAAACAAAUAAAAAGGAAAACGGCAGCCAUCGUCGAAGCCAGCCAACCCAGAGUUUGAGUUAACAAAAUUUAGUUGUGGCGCCACCUCUACAAAACGUAAACAUUCGUAAUUUAUGGCCUCUGAGAUUGCGCAAAGCCAGUGGCUUGCUGGGCGUGCUGCCAAAUCUUGGAGGCCAUGUACAACUAGUGCAGCUUCUCUUGUUAGGCCUAAGGCAUCGAAAUUGAAAAAUCUCGGAAGCAGCGCCGAAUAGUCAGAAAUACUUUGCUGUCGAAGUGUCAUGGCACGACUCUAAAGAAUAUACAAACAUCAGUUAGGAACUAACGGCCAAACAGUGCACUACGAUAAUAGAUCCGAAGGGGACAGCGGCCACUUUCUGGUGCAGUCAUUUGCUUGUCUCAUCCGUCAUUUGUAUGCUCUUCACAGCCGGACGGGCUGUGGAAUCAUUGUCUGUAGAACAGUUGUUUGCGGAGUCAUUCGUCGUGUGGAUGCAGUUCAGCGAUGACAAACUCUCCUUCCGGCCAUCUGAACUGGCCGAAUGUGAACCGAAGGCUCUGGCUUUUAACUGUGACGUUGGAAACUUGGCCCGCCUUAUUUUUUUGAUCCCAAGUGUGAAUAUUACUCGUCUCUCCUUUGAUUCUUUGCUGAUUGCGCCAUUGUUGCAUUGUCAUCGCAAUUUGUGCGCGUCACGUUUUGAGAUGUGUGAACCCGCAGUUUUACGUGCCUUAGUCUAUGAUCAGUUGAUCACUGCUGCGCGUGUGUCUGAAGUGCGUGCGGAUGUGGGCAGUCUUCCAGGCUGACUUUUUUUCUUUUUUUUAAGUCCUCACCCCUUCUGUUUGCAUAUCUGUACCGAUAAAGCCACUUGCCUUAUGUUAUUGUUUGCGAGUGAGUGCGUAAAGAAAAAAGGUGAACUUGUCACUCGAAUUUUUUUUCAAGUGCCUUCCCAUGUGGUGCACGUUUUAUGUUAUAUUUUUAGUGAUGUCUCCAGAGCUGGCAGGUUGGUUGGAAUAGUGGCGCCAAAUUAGAAUCGUUGAUAACCAACCAUGCAUCGGCCAGUCGAGAUAAAGCUUUGCAGUUCAAUGCGCUCCAAUGACAUAGACUGCUGCGCUAAGUGUCAGCUUGGACUCUGUAGUCCUGUAUCUUUGUUGAUGUGCCGGUGAAAACUAAAAUAAUGACCUGCAGCAUUUCUCAUGUUCAACUUAUGUCUGGAAGCAAGGCUUUGUUGAAAAACCUUCUAUUAGGUUUCAUGUGAAAUACAAGCACACGAAUGCAUGUGUGCACGUGUACAUUUCACGGACACUUUGGGCAAGUGUGUGGAAUAAUAUCCAAGUAGCAGGAAGGCACACAGCCUUUGCCUUCUGGUAAAGAAGUGCCACUUCUGGUUGGCACUUCGUAUAGUCUUGGCAUUUCGUAUCGUUGCCUCCUCCCUGUUUUAAUUUUUUUUCUCUUUCCCGCAGAGCGUGUGACGCACAGUGCACUCAUUCUGAGUCGUUUAAUGGAUUCUGCUGCAUACUUUGCGCGGUCAAGUUUUUUUUGUGUCGUGUGUGCUUCUGAUUGCACCCCGCAACAUGGGGGGGGGGGGGGCUAGGACUGUGUAUGUAUACAUACAUAUAUAUAAAUAUUAUAUAUAUUAUAAAUAUAACGUAUACAGUGACUGUACAUAACUUUGGCCAGGUGCCAUACACUAGUAGGUAAGACACUUCCGAGAGGCAGAAGUGGCCGAAGAAUUGCGUGUCGAUGCCUUUCUCGUUGUCCCUCCUGCGGGCUCCCGUCACUGGUCAGGCGCGAGAGUGCCGGUUUGCGCAAACGAAGGGAAGCAUUUAAGAGGGCUGCAGUAUUCAAAUGCUCUUAACGUAGCUGUGAAAGCUAAGCCAAUGUAAACACCAGACCGGGCCAAUUUCGGGCUAUGCCGCCAAUGUAGGCCCGAUGUUGGUUUUACAUUGGUGGGGCACAGUGCGCCACUUGGGUCUUGCAGAGGCUUUCUUUUCUUCUUUCGCGUCCCCCGGAUCGUAUUCCUUUUCGUUUUUCUCUCUCUGUGACUAUCCUCUCUUUGAAAGAGAGUGCAAGAGAGAGAGAGAGCAGGAGCUUGUUUCACCAUCUCCUAUUCUCCUCCCUUGCUUUAUUUUUUCGCGCAACGCUGCAGGACCGGUGUUGCGCGAGUCACAAGGUACUCACGACGAAGAGUGUCUGCUCCUGGACAGAAUUGAGGACGACCUCCUGUGCAUUUUGUGACGAGUCAGGGCCAUCCAGCACAGUCGGCUGCUGCUUAGAAGGGUCGGAGAGCGCGCCGGAAAUGGUGGUCGCAUUGAUGCGUGAGAGUUUUUGGAAGUAGCGGAGACAAGGGACUUGGCAUGCCCAGAUGCGGUCAACAAGGCCUGUGCAUUCUAUAAACCCAAACUUGCCCCGUCGUUCUGUUCACAGUGCUGAUAGCUUAAAUAGACCAAUGUUGCCAUAUGUUUUUCUACAAUGGGCCCCAUUGAAACAGUUGUCGAAAUCCUUUAACACUGGUCACGAAUCUGCUGUGAAAAAUUGCAGCAAUAAAAACAGUUCGAAGUAUUGUAAGAGUACCUUGAAGGCUUGCAAAUAUACAUGUAAAAAAGGCAGAUACAAAAUGCUCGUUUUGCAUGGAUAGCACAUCAUUCUUUAAUAUGUUUUAAAGUAACAUCCAUGCUUUACAAAUUAUGCUGUAGGAGUUGCAUGGACAGUGACCUAACAUAUUUUCACAAAUAUAUCAUUAUAAGGCACUGCAUUUCACUUGUAAUUUAUUUAAUGUAACAUACACAAGUAGCCAGAAUCUGCUCAGUAUUUGCGAGUUCACAUUAAGCGUGCAGAGAAAAUUUUAUGUGAAAUUCUGAAAAAACAAUGCUAUAUCAUGACAUCAUUCCUUCCUCUUAAUGAGUCGAUAGGUUUGCCAGAUAUUAGUGGAAAGUCCUUUGAGAUGGCGACUCAGAUACCAAGUUUGAAAUUUUCACUAUUCCUAAAAUUUCCUGUGCGCUUCCAAAGCUUUUCAGGCUUCAUCAGUCAGGACAUGCACUGAACAUGUCAGAAAAAAAAAAUUUGUCUUCUAGAUAUUUUGCUCAUAUGCAUCCCUUUUUUGUUUGCAUUCUUUUACCACGAAUUUUAGUCAGCUAGCUGUAAAUCUAAAACUGAAUAAUUUUCUCAGUCUGUUGUUUGAACUGCCGGUAGUUUACCUUAUAUUGCUGUAAACAGUGUUCCCCAUAGGAUGUAAUCACUUCUGUUCAAAAUGAAGCGUCAAAUUAAAGUAUGUUUCAUCUCAAGCAGGUCAGUGCAACAGUGUGAACUGAGCGCGUGGUGUGUUUCACUUCGAGGGGGUUUUAGGAGAAUGGCAAGUGCAAGCGGCUAGGAUAUGAAAGGGGACCUUGUUGUAUCAAAAAGUAUCGCCAGUCAAACUGAUCAUGUGCAAAACCCAAUGCUGACUUGGGGCAUUUUAUGUGGAUUAUGGAUAGCAUCCGAUAAUGGUGGGUCUGCCAUUUCUGAAAACUCGCCAAUGUCGUGUGUGGUGAUUGCAGUGGCAAUUCUGGUGCAUACCAUAAAGACCAUGUGAUUUUUAAAAAACGAUUGCACCUGCUGCUCCCAGAAUGGCUUUCCUUUUCACAGGCAUCUCGGAGGCUGGCGUGUGGUACUGCUAGAGAGCUUUAGUGAAUGGCGGACACGAGUGGCUAGGAUAUGCAAGGGGGACUAUGUCAUUCUGGAUUGCAAGUGGAACUGCGCAUGCACAAAACCCAAAGCUGGCUAAGGUUAACUUGUGUGUAUUGCAUGCAGCAUCCGCUUACUUUGGGUCUGCUGCUUCCAAAAACUUCCUAAUUUCAGAUAAGUGGUGCAUCACAGUGGCAGUCGAUUCUGGCACAUGCUGCAUUAGCAACAUUAAAAUUUUUAAAAGAGAAAUGCCUGCUGUCCCAGAUCAAGUUUCUUUUGCACAGGCUAGUGUCUGAUGCGACAGGACUGCUCCAUUGUCAUUUGGUGUUGGACUUGCACGUAUCAAAGAUGCACUGGCGCCGAGGACGGCACCCCUCAUUAUGUAGCCGGCAGGGGUGGCACUGAGUAAGCUGACAACAUGCCUCAGAUGUGUCGUUGAACGCUCAAAACCUGUACGACUGUCAGGAGAUGGUUGUGGAAGCCUUCCUCUGUGUGCACGUGUGACGAGGAAGCAGUGUGCAACUGAUGUGACUUGCACUUACGUUUUGCUUGCACUUCUGUCAAGAGAGAUGAUUUACGAAUAAAGUUUAUGACAUCAUUGCA